AGUACACACAGUCAUGUGAUCAGACGUUGACGCUGGUGUUUGGAGAAAAAGUUUUGGGUGAAUAAUGAAGGAGAAAUUCACAUGAAUGAAGUGAAAAUUAGUGCUGUUUAGUCCUGUGUUCAUCUGUGGUAGGAUUUCUCACACCAGACCAGCAGCAUGGCAAGUAAAUGUAUUCAGAUGGAUCUCUUCCUCCAUGUGUCUCUUGCUCCCUCUUUGUGUAUUGUAGCACUGCUGUCAUUCCUGCAGCACAGAGAGAAGAAUCACCCAUUUGAGGAGAGAUUCCCGUAUUUAACGGGCCGAUUCGGGAUUGUGGUGCCGCUGGAUUUCAUGGGCAGCUUGAGGAAUCGUUGGUCUUACGGUUUUGCUUUCGGUGCCGUUACUCCCAGCGUCCUGCUGCUCUUCUCCGAGACCUACACACCACUUCCUGUUCCAUCCUGGGCCAGACCAUUUCUGUACUUGGUUGGUGCUCUGGAGGUGGGCGUGGCCUAUCUGCCAUUUUUUCUCUGCCUGUCAACAUCACGCCGAGCACUCGGAGGAGUUCUGGGUCUGCUGUACACUGUGGCCUGGUUUACUGUAGGAUUAUUAGACGUUAUCAUAUGUCCACAAGGUGAAAUUCUGGGUGAUUAUCAGAAGGUAAUAACACAGUGGCCAUUUCUUCUGUGUCUGAGCUUCCUGGUUGGACGCUUCAUCAGUAUGGUAGUGAAGGAUGUGAGAAUUAAUUUACAGUUUGAAAACGAGCAGCAGGUUGAAGAGGAGAAACUUAUUCAUUCUAAUCAAUACAAAUAUGUCCAAACCCUACUGAGACGACAUCCUGAACAGUCUGUGGAGAAGAGCUGGAUUAGGAGGAAUGUGUAUGACUCAGAUCAAUAUUUUAAAUUCCCAAACAGAAUGAUUGGAACCGCCGUCAUCUGCCUCAUCGGACUGUACAUGGUCUGUGUGUCUAUGACUCUGGCAGAUUACAGUCUGAGUGGAUUUAUAUAUCAGAAGAUGUUAGCAGUGAUCAGCUCUCUGGAGGAUUUAGCCAAAUCUAAUAACAACACAGAGAAUCUCUUAAUUUCAUUAAUACCUCACAUCUCCGAGUUCAGCCAUGUAGCCUGCAAGUCCUGGGUUGUCACCACACUUUUCGCCACGCUGACAUCUGUUACAUACACGUUUCAUGUGUUAGUGUGUUACAGGAAGCACAUGAAGCGGCUGCGGGCAGGAAAGAAGAACUUCUUGCCAGAGAGGUACCACAAACCAAGCUCUGCACUUAGUGUGGCUGCGAUUACACGAUAUUCAGGCUGGCAAAUUGCAUUUACACUUUGGGGUUAUCUUAUUGUGCACUAUGUGCAGUUCAUUUUCGCGCUGCUGUUUGCGUACCUGGUUGUGUUACCGAUCCAGAAAGUUGGGUUCCUACCCUGGUUCUCCAGCCUGGUCACCUUACUGCUGACGAUCUUCAUCGUGGUCUCUCUGGUGGUGGUGCAGGUUGUGAUGGUUCAGAUCUUCUUCCUGCAGGACAAGUUAUCACCUAACGAUAAAGAUAAACCCUUAGCACUCAACAACAGGAGAGCCUUUAACAGUUUCAACUAUUUCUUCUUCUUUUAUAACGUAAUCAUGGGGCUGAGCAACUGCAUCCUCAGGCUGAUAAACAGCUGCAUCGUGGGUACUUGGCUUGUUCCACGCAUUGACCGGACCAUCAUGCAGAGGGGCUACGAGGUCAUGGAUCCAGGUUAUGCUACAUGGGUGGGGAUGAUAAUAGCAGAUCAUCAUCACAGUAAUCCAGUUCUGCUGUGUUUCUGCCACCUGCUGCUCAAACACACACUGCAGAGACAGAGGGCUGUGAACACGCACGCUCAGUCUGACACUGCAGAAUUCCCAGGAGUCAGCAGGGUCCGCACUCGCUGGCUUCUCCUCUAUACCAUGCUCAGAAACCCAAAACUCAUUCUGUUGAGGAAGAGACACCAUAGCAACAAUCCUAAUAGCAACCAAGAUCCGCUCACCAUCGCCCGGGUGAUAACAAUGUCAUCACAGCUCGAGAUAAAACAACGUAUCCAACAGCAUAAUGACGAUAAUGCUACAGUCUGAUAAUGACAAACUUCUAGAGUGUCUUCUCUAAAAGGGAGAAGGCACUAGAUCUCUGAUGGUGACGCCUGAAGAGGAGUUUACUGUGUCUACAAAACCGUGAUGUGACGAUGCACAUACAAGCUGCUUUACAAACAGGAGACACUAGAAUUGUAGCCUGUUUGAUAGUUAGCUAGGGAUUAAGAUUGUACGAAAGCUUUAAUGUUAAACUUGAUUCAUUUACUACACACUCUGUGUGACUGGCUCAGUGCAUUGUGGGUAAUCCUCACAAUCCUUUACGCAAUGUUCAUUAAUAUGACAUUUUAACAUCAAACUCCACAUGAGAAUUAUGGAAUUACUGAUUUCCUGAAAUCGUUAUUCAAAGGUAAAGACACAUGUUGUGGAAGAGGUUAAAGCUCUGAGAGCACUUUUUUAGGGCAACUUAAAUAUUAUGAACUUAGCAUAGCUUAGCAUGGUUUGUUUUAUAUAGACAAUGUAAAGACAUGGAACAUCUGGAACAUCAGGAUUUACUCUCAUUUGUUGUUAACAUAUUAAUAUAAGACAGAAUUUAUGCUUUUUAUACUUAACAUAAACAGCUAACCAAAACAACGAUUUCUACUCACUUUAUCACUGUUGUUUCUUUUCUAACUAAAAUAAAUGGCUUUUUAUGUGUUUGACUGAAACUGAAAAUUA